AUGCGUCUGCCUCUUUACUCUUUAGGCCUCACGCCUUCUCUUCCCUGCAAGGUUCCAGCUUCAGUUUCUAGGGAGAGAAAAGAGAUUUUUAGAGAGAGAGGCAGGAGAGAUAAUGGGGGGAGGAAGAAAGAAUCGUUUGAAGUGGAGAAAAAGAAGAAGACCAGUAAAAAAAUCCAAGCCACCAGGAAAGAGAAGCUCAAUACAGAAGAAUCUCUACUCCAUCUAAAACAAGAAGAUACAGCAACUGAUUACAAGGAAUUUUCUGAGAAUUAUAAAUCAGCAGGAGAGUCGGAAGCUGGCAACAGUGAAUCCUCUGGAGAUGAGGGCAUUCACAACACUGGCAGUAAUGAGGGCUUGGCCAACGAAGCUCAGAGUGAAGACUCUGAACCUGAUCAAGGAGCUGAGGAGAGCGAUUCUUCUGAGGAUGAGGUGACUCCUAGAAAUACGGUAGGUGAUGUUCCAUUGGAGUGGUAUAAGGAUGAAAAACAUAUUGGGUAUGACUUUGCUGGAAAGAAGAUAAAAAGGAAGGAAAGACAAGAUAAACUUGAUUCAUUUCUUGCAAAUGUUGACGACUCCAAAAAUUGGCGCAAGAUUUAUGAUGAGUACAAUGAUGAGGAAGUAGAGCUGACAAAAGAAGAAACCAAAGUUAUUCGGAGAAUGCUCAAAGGAAAAGCUCCACAUGCUGAAUUUGAUCCGUAUGCGCCUUAUGUUGAUUGGUUUAAAUGGGAAGAUGCAAAGCAUCCAUUGUCGAAUGCACCAGAGCCUAAGAGUCGGUUCAUUCCCUCAAAAUCGGAAGCUAAAAAGGUGCUUCGACUUGUUAGGGCAAUUCGCAAAGGAUUAAUAAAAUUUGACAAGCCAAAAGAAGAACCACGUUUCUACAUGUUGUGGGGGGAUGAUGCUAGCUCAUCAGAAAAGACUGGGCAUUUAUCUUACAUUCCUGCACCAAAACCAAAUUUGCCAGGCCAUGAGGAGUCAUACAAUCCUUCUCUAGAAUACAUCCCAACACAAGAGGAGAUCAAUUCCUAUCAGUUGAUGUAUGAGGAAGACCGACCUAAAUUUAUCCCUAAAAGGUUUACAUCUUUAAGGAGCGUCCCAGCAUAUGAGAAUGCUGUAAAAGACUCUUUUGAGCGUUGUUUGGAUUUAUACUUGUGUCCUAGAGUUCGCAAGAAACGUAUUAAUAUUGAUCCCGAAUCUUUAAAGCCUAAGCUACCAAGCCGAAAAGAUCUUAGACCUUACCCAGCAACAUGCUAUCUUGAGUAUAAAGGUCAUAAGGGUGCAGUUAUGUCAAUUUCCACUGAAGCUUCAGGACAGUGGAUUGCUUCAGGUUCAAGUGAUGGAACUGUGCGCUUGUGGGAAGUUGAGACUUGUAGAUGUAUUAGAGUCUGGGAGUUUAGUGAAGCUGUCCAAUAUGUGGCAUGGAAUCCUUUGCCCGAGCUUCCUAUAUUGGCUGUUUCUGUAGGACAAGAUGUGUUUCUUUUGAACACUGGGUUGGGAAAUGAAGAAAUACAGAGAAAAGUUAAGGAGCUUCUGCAUGUUGAGACACCGACAGCUCCAGACGAUUCUGGUAGCAAGGGUUGGAGCUGGCUUCAAGAUGGUGAACAUGAAGGAAUCCGGUUAAGGCAUUUUAAGUCUGUAUAUUCAGUAGAAUGGCAUCGUAAAGGAGACUAUUUCUCAACUGUGAUGCCAGCUGAUAUCCUUUUCUUUCACUGUCAUUUGAUUGUAGCAAUUCUUAUCCACCAGCUCUCUAAGAAAUUUACGCAAAGACAUCCAUUUAAGCUGCAUGGACUUCCGGUGUCAGCAGUUUUUCAUCCUACUCGCUCAAUCUUCUUUGUUUCAACAAAGAAGAAUGUUCGUGUUUAUGAUCUGUUGAAGCAAAAGCUGAUUAAGAAGCUGGAGACUGGAUUACGUGAAGUCUCCUCUAUUGCAAUUCAUCCUGCUGGUGAUAAUGUAAUCGUGGGAAGCAGGGAGGGAAAAUUAUGUUGGUUUGACAUGGACCUUUCAUCUAAACCUUACAAAGUUCUCAAUUGUCAUCCCAAAGACAUAACCAAUGUGGCCUUCCAUCGUUCAUACCCACUAUUUGCAUCAUGCUCUGAUGAUUGCACUGCAUAUGUCUUUCACGGCACGGUUUAUUCAGAUCUCAAUCAGAAUCCUCUAAUUGUUCCCUUGGAAAUCCUCCGUGGACACGCAGGUUCAAAUGGAAGAGGGGUAUUGGACUGCAAGUUCCACCCACGGCAACCUUGGUUAUUCACUGCUGGUGCUGAUUCUCUGAUAAAACUUUAUUGUCACUAA